CAUGAACAGCAAGAUGAUCCGCUUGUUUGCUCCAUUCCCAAAAUUCAUUCCACUCUUGGCUGUUUUUAUCAUCUCAUGCUCUCUGCCAUUAGCAAUCAGCGAUGACACUGACACUGAUAGAGAAGCCCUGCUCUGCUUCAAGUCUCAAAUCUCUGAUCCAAACGGAUCCUUAAGCUCAUGGAGCAACACUUCCCAGAACUUCUGCAACUGGCAGGGUGUUUCAUGCAACAACACCCAGACCCAACUCCGAGUCAUGGUGCUCAACGUCAGCUCCAAAGGCCUCAGUGGUUCAAUACCACCUUGCAUCGGCAAUCUGAGCUCCAUCGCAAGCCUCGACUUAUCAAGAAACGCAUUCCUUGGAAAAAUUCCAAGUGAGCUCGGACGCUUGGGACAAAUCAGCUACCUGAACUUGAGCAUCAACUCUCUUGAAGGCCGUAUUCCAGAUGAGCUGUCCUCAUGCAGCAAUCUCCAGGUACUCGGCUUAUCGAACAACUCCUUCGAAGGUGAGAUACCACCAAGCUUAACCCAAUGCACUCGCCUCCAGCAAGUUAUACUAUACAACAACAAGCUUGAAGGCAGUAUACCCACCAGAUUUGGAACGCUUCCUGAGCUGAAAACUUUGGAUCUCUCCAACAACGCCCUCAGAGGUGACAUACCACCAUUGUUGGGCAGUAGCCCGUCUUUUGUAUAUGUUGAUCUUGGGGGCAAUCAGCUCACAGGAGGAAUCCCAGAGUUCUUGGUAAAUAGCUCAUCCCUUCAAGUGCUUAGGCUCACGCAAAAUAGUCUUACAGGAGAGAUCCCUCCAGCCCUCUUCAACAGCUCCACAUUGACAACCAUUUACCUGGACCGUAACAACUUAGUUGGUUCCAUACCACCUAUUACAGCAAUUGCUGCACCUAUUCAAUACCUUAGUUUAGAGCAGAAUAAACUCACAGGAGGGAUACCAGCCUCACUGGGCAACCUUUCUUCCUUGGUUCAUGUUUCUUUAAAAGCAAAUAACUUGGUGGGGAGCAUCCCUAAGAGCCUAAGUAAGAUCCCAACCCUAGAGAGGCUAGUUCUCACAUACAACAAUUUGACUGGUCAUGUGCCACAGGCUAUUUUCAACAUAUCAUCUUUGAAAUAUCUUAGCAUGGCCAAUAACUCACUCAUCGGCCAACUACCACCAGAUAUAGGCAACAGACUUCCAAACCUUGAAGCCUUAAUCCUAUCAACAACACAGUUAAAUGGGCCGAUCCCAGCUUCUCUUCGCAAUAUGUCCAAGCUAGAAAUGGUUUAUCUUGCUGCUGCUGGUCUCACUGGUAUAGUGCCAUCUUUUGGAUCCUUGCCAAACUUGCAUGACCUUGAUCUUGGAUACAACCAGCUUGAAGCAGGGGACUGGAGCUUCCUCUCAUCCCUUGCAAACUGCACUCAACUGAAAAAGUUGGCCUUGGAUGCCAAUUUUCUCCAAGGAACCUUGCCUAGCUCAGUCGGUAAUCUUCCCUCACAGCUCAACUGGUUGUGGCUCAGGCAAAACAAACUUUCUGGGACAAUUCCAUCAGAGAUUGGUAACCUUAAGAGUCUCAGUGUUCUGUAUUUGGAUGAGAAUAUGUUUAGUGGGAGCAUCCCACCAACCAUUGGAAAUCUUAGCAACUUACUGGUUCUAAGCUUGGCACAAAAUAACCUCUCGGGCCUUAUUCCUGAUUCUAUUGGCAACCUUGCCCAACUAACCGAGUUUCAUCUAGAUGGGAACAACUUCAACGGGAGCAUACCUUCAAACUUAGGGCAGUGGAGACAAUUAGAGAAGCUUGAUUUCUCCCACAAUUCAUUUGGUGGAAGCCUGCCAAGUGAGGUCUUCAACAUCUCUUCCCUGUCACAAAGUUUGGACUUGUCCCACAAUUUGUUUACUGGGCCCAUACCACUAGAAAUUGGCAACCUCAUAAAUCUUGGAAGCAUCAGUAUUUCAAACAAUCGCUUGACUGGCGAAAUACCGUCAACUCUAGGGAAGUGUGUGCUUUUGGAAUACCUUCACAUGGAAGGGAACCUUCUUACUGGAAGCAUUCCACGAUCUUUCAUGAACUUAAAAAGCAUCAAGGAGCUGGAUCUCUCUUGUAACAGCUUGUCAGGAAAAGUUCCAGAGUUCCUCACUCUCUUAAGUUCUUUGCAGAAACUCAACCUUUCAUUCAAUGAUUUUGAAGGGCCAAUACCAUCAAAUGGUGUCUUUGGUAAUGCUAGCAGGGUUAUCUUGGCCGGAAACUACAGACUGUGUGCGAAUGAUCCAGGGUAUAGCCUGCCCCUUUGCCCUGAAUCAGGAUCACAAAGUAAACACAAGUCUACUAUUUUGAAAAUAGUAAUUCCAAUCGCAGUGUCUGUUGUAAUUUCAUUGUUAUGCUUAAUGGCUGUUCUUAUCGAAAGAAGAAAACAAAAACCAUGUUUGCAGCAAUCCAGUGUGAACAUGAGGAAGAUAUCAUAUGAAGAUAUCGCCAAAGCAACAGAUGGGUUCUCUCCCACAAAUUUGGUUGGUUUGGGAUCCUUUGGGGCUGUUUACAAUGGCAUGUUGCCGUUUGAGACCAAUCCAGUUGCUAUUAAGGUUUCCGAUCUUAACAAGUACGGAGCACCCACAAGCUUCAAUGCGGAGUGUGAGGCAUUAAGAUAUAUUCGCCAUCGAAAUCUUGUCAAAAUCAUUACUUUAUGCUCUACGAUUGAUCCAAAUGGCUAUGAUUUUAAAGCACUUGUCUUUCAGUAUAUGCCAAAUGGAAGUCUAGAAAUGUGGCUACAUCCAGAGGACCAUGGGCAUGGUAAAAAGAGAUUCCUAACUUUGGGUGAAAGGAUUAGCUUAGCCUUGGACAUUGCAUACGCUUUAGAUUAUCUUCACAACCAGUGUGUAUCCCCAGUAAUACAUUGUGACAUCAAACCAAGCAAUGUUCUUUUGGAUCUUGAAAUGAUUGCAUAUGUCAGUGACUUUGGGUUGGCAAGAUUUAUGUGUGCUAAUUCAACAGCAGCGCCUGGUAACUCUACAAGUUUGGCUGACUUAAAAAGAUCCAUUGGAUAUAUUGCACCAGAGUAUGGAAUGGGUGGGCAAAUAUCAACAAAGGGUGAUGUCUACAGCUAUGGAGUGCUGUUGUUAGAGAUAUUAACUGGAAAGCGUCCAACUGAUGAAAAAUUCAAUGAUGGUUUGAGCCUCCACGAUCGCGUGGAUGCUGCAUUUCCCCACAGAGUAACUGAGAUUUUAGACCCCAACAUGCUACACAAUGAUUUGGAUGGUGGAAACUCCGAACUGAUGCAAAGUUGUCUCCUCCCAUUGGUUAAGGUGGCCCUCAUGUGCUCCAUGGCAUCACCAAAAGACCGGUUAGGGAUGGCACAAGUUUCCACUGAACUACACUCCAUCAAGCAAGCAUUCCUUGAGCUCUCCAGUGGAGGAAAAGUAGUGUGAAUAAACCUAGCUAGUAUGCCCUCUCUUUCUUAUUUUUCCAAAUUGGUAGAGUGCCCACUCCCCUGUGGUGCGCAAAGCUAUGUUGCUUUGCAACUACUGUGUAAGGCUACUUCUAUUACCAUAACUAAGUCUAUAUAUAAACAGGGGUGGACGCAGCAGGGGGCAAAGAGGGCUUGGGCACCCUCUACUGUCGGCACGCCCCCUGGAAACCAUACAUUAUUCAGCAACCAAGUCCACACUAAUACAAGCCAA